AUGCAGUUGCCUGAGAAAUUCAGGAGGAAAUCUAGUGCAGCGGCCGCGAUGCAGUUUUUCUACUACGUCGUGCUGAGUCUCUUCUCCAUAAAUUCUACGGGAGCUGCUCGCAGACCGCCUCUCAACGGCACUUGGAUACGAAUGGGAAUGCUAUUUGAUGACAAGAUGCAGAACGACCAAGGGAUCCCGUCGUGCAAAGCCCUUCCAGGGCUCAGUCCUGGCCAAAAGAGGCUUUGCCAGCUCUACAUGGACCACAUGAACGCUGUAGCCUUGGGAGCUAAUCAGGCCCUCUCCGAAUGUAAAUACCAGUUCCACAAUAGGCGAUGGAACUGUUCUUUGCUGGAUGACGUUAACGUCUUUGGGCCCGUCAUCACAAUAGCUAGUAGAGAAACAGCUUUUGCUCUCGCAUUGGCAGCAGCUGGUGUCGUACAUUCCGUUGCAAGAGCUUGCCGAGACGGGCAACUAACGUCGUGUGGGUGUUCCAGGAUGGGUCGGCCGAAAGACCUCAAAAGAGACUGGGUAUGGGGCGGAUGUGGGGACAACUUGGAGUAUGGAUACAAGUUCGCACAAAGCUUUGUUGACGUUAGAGAAAGAGAAAGGAAGUUCAAAAGAGGCACUAGAGAACAAGGCAGGGUACUUAUGAAUUUGCAUAACAACGAAGCAGGAAGAAGGGCGGUCAUAAAGAAGGCGAAAGUGACCUGUAAAUGCCACGGUGUCUCAGGAUCCUGCUCUUUGAUAACUUGCUGGCAACAACUGGCGACCUUCAGAGAAGUCGGUGACUAUCUUCGUGACAAGUAUGAUGGAGCAACAGAGGUGCGGGUCAACAGACGGGGUCGUCUCCAAAUCCGCGAUCCCCGAGUCACCAUCCCCACAGCGUCCGAUUUGGUAUACAUGGAGGAUUCCCCGAAUUACUGCGUCAAAGACGACAAAAUUGGAUCUUUAGGCACGCAAGGACGACAGUGUAACAGGACGUCUCAGGAUAUCGAUGGUUGCAACCUGUUGUGUUGUGGAAGGGGUUACAACACGCUGAAGAGUACCAUUCGAGAGAGGUGUCAGUGCCAAUUCAAGUGGUGUUGUCAGGUGGAAUGCAAAACGUGCAUAAGAUCGAUGGACGUGCAUACGUGCAAGUGAUUUAUCGCUAUAUAGUGUACAGGGUGUGACAAGUAUCGAAUUUUUUGAAUUAUGGCCUGUGGAACUGUGUUCGUACGAAUUUUUUCCGAUAAUGCCCGAAAAUCUCAGUUCACUUUCACGGGAUAAAAUAUCAGCGAUGUCGAUCUUGAAGACGUAACAUAUACAGGGAGAUUCGAAGUUGAGACGAAUCAACUGAAACUUUUUUGAAUGAAAUUUUCAGAGUUUUCA